AUGGUUGGCGGUCAGCAAUCAAAAUUGAAUCGAGUUCCAUCGCCGCAAGUGAGCAGAUUAAACAACAUAGAGAAUUGUCUAAUUGACAUGCAAACCUCGCGGGAUGAAAUAAUGACCGAAAUCGGACAGAUUUUGGAACGAGAAAAAACAAAACUCGUAUUGCAAAGAGAAAAAAGUUCAAGUUCGUUGAGCCUUUCUCGAUAUCGAGCUGAAAUUGCGGACCAAAGGAAUGCACUUGAUGAAGAUCGCCAACGCAUAAUUUCUUUACGCGAAAAUAUUCGCUCUCGCCGUACUGCUUUAGAAGAUGCAAAACGUCGAUAUCAAACAGAGAAUGAAUAUUUGGAGGAAAGCCAAAAGAUUUUGGAACGCGAUCGGGUCGUAUUGAAUAGGGUUGAUGUAAAUAGCGAAGCUCUCUACAUAACAUCAUCAAAACUCUAUGUUCGUCAAAGGGAACUUGUCACGGACUUGCUCACAAUAUAUCCCAUUGAGCCGAUACAAUCAGAGACAUUAUCCUUCAAGAUUCUUGGAGUUUCCUUGCCUAAUUCGGUAUUUACUGGGUGUAACGAAGAACUUGUAGGCACAGCACUAGGUUUCACGUGUCAUCUCAUACAAAUGCUUUCAUAUUAUCUUGGAGUUCCUUUAAAAUUUCCAAUGACACCUAUGUCUUCCAGAUCAUUAAUACACGAUCCGAUAUCACCUUUAUCAAUCCCGAGACAAUUUCCUUUAUAUUCUAAAGGUGUUGAUCGUUUUCGAUUUGAAUGGGCUGUGUUUUUGCUCAAUAAAAAUAUUGAGCAGCUAAUGAAUUCACAAGGAUUAGUUGUAGCGGACUUGAGGCAUACACUACCAAACUUGAAAUAUUUUAUUCUCAGUAUGGCUACUUCAACAUCACCUAGUCAAGCAUCACAUUUACGUAAAUUCAUUCCUCAUAAUUGCACUUUACCUCACACCACAAAUAAUUCAAUUCAGAAUAUUCAGAAUAACAGCAAUGAUAAUUCACUUUCAUGUUCAUAA